AACAUAACCACAUGAAAGAGUUUUAUUAACUUAACCACAUGAGAGAGUUAAGUAACAUAACCACAUGAAAAAGUUUUAGUAACAUAACCACAUUAAAGAGUUAAGUAACAUAACCACAUUAAAGAGUUAAGUAACAUAACCACAUUAACAUAACCACAUUAAAGAGUUAAGUAACAUAACCACAUUAAAGAGUUUUAUUAACAUAACCACAUGAGAGAGUUUUAGUCACAUAACCACAUGAAAAAGUUAAGUAAGAAAACCACUAUUUGGCACAUAAUUAUCUACUUAGCGGUUCAUGAUAAGAUCUUAAGCAGACACACAGACAGAUACACUGUCACGCCCUGACCAUAGUUUGCUUUGUAUGUUUUAUGCUUUGUUUGGUCAGGGUGUGAUCUGAGUGGGCAUUCUAUGUUGUAUGUCUGGUUUGUCUAUUUCUAUGUGUUUGGCCUGAUAUGGUUCUCAAUCAGAGACAGGUGUUUGCGUUGUCUCUGAUUGGGAACCAUAUUUAGGUAGCCUGUUUUGUAUUGUGGGUUGUGGGUGAUUGUCUAUAUGUAGUGUUUAGUGUCAGCACUAUUUGUUAUAAAGCUUCACGGUCGUCGUUUAUUGUUUUUGUAUUAGUUUCGCAAAGUGUUCUCUUUCUAUUAAAAGCAAGAUGAACACAUACCACGCUGCAUAUUGGUCCUCGGAUCCUUCAAACUUUUCCUCAGGCGAGGAGGAAGAAGACAGCCGUGACAUACAGACAGAUAAAGACAGACAAACAGACACAGAAAAACAGACAGGAAGACACAGACAGAAAGACAGACACAUGGCCUGUAUGCCACAAAUACUCACACUAGGGUGAAAGACUGGUACCCUUUUGGGCGGUGGCAUCGCCAAUGGUAUUUCUAUGCUUCUCUUCUGACUCAUAGUUCAAGCCAAAGCACCACAGAGAAUACAAGCCCAAAGUGGACCCAGACAGCAUAACUCUCCCACAGAGAUGUAGACUGACAAAGGGCAAGACCCUUGUUACAUUAUAUUUCCUGUAAUCCAACCAAAUGCCCUCUACUCUUCACACCCAUUCAUUCAACAACACAUUACUCAGGACCUAAUCCCUUUAAGUCCCCUACUCUGCUUAUUUUGAACCCUGUUGUAUUCCCAAAACAGCAGCCAGCUAAUUAAUUAAUAGGAUUGGGCCUAAAUGUAGUGUCCUAUAACGUGCCGGGGAAGCUGAGGGGAGGGUGGCGAGGUUGAGAGGUCGAGUUAUAAGACCGGAGGACGGGAGGUGAAGGACGCUCACAAACGCUCAGACGAAAGACACAGUCAGGACACUGAGGAGACAACCUAAUCCAAUUCACCACAGACAUGGCAAAAGUCUACAAGAAGACCAGCGGCAACGAAUCGAUUGCUCUCUACCUGGGGAAGAGAGACUUUGUGGACCAUGUGGAGAGUGUUGACGUUGUCGAUGGGGUGAUCAAGGUAGACCCCGCUGAACUUGAAGGCAGGAAAGUAUGGGUGUAUCUGGCAUGCGCCUUCCGUUAUGGUAGUGACGACCUGGAUGUGAUCGGACUGUCAUUCAGAAAAGACAUCUGGGUUAAAAGGAUGCAGAUCUACCCUGUUGUUGACACCAAACCACCCAACACCCCCAUGCAGGAGGCCCUCCUGAAGAAAUGCGGAGACCAAGGCCAUCCCUUCACUUUCACUAUUGAUACCAACCUGCCAUGCUCAGUCGGCCUUCAGCCUGCACCAGAGGAUGCUGGCAAGUCUUGUGGUGUUGACUAUGAGGUGAAAGCAUACAUCGCCAAGGAGGCAGAUGACCCUGAUGAGAAAAUUAGCAAGAAGGACACUUGCCGUCUGAUAAUUCGCAAGAUCCAGUUUGCCCCAGGCAAAGUUGCUGCAGGACCAAAGGCUGACAUCAGCAAGAACUUCAUGAUGUCUGACAAGCCAGUCCACCUGGAGGCCUCCAUAGAGAAGGAGCUCUAUUUCCAUGGAGACCCAAUCCCUGUAAAUGUCAAAAUCAACAAUGAAACCACCAAAGUGGUGAAGAAAAUAAAAAUUACAGUUGAGCAGACAACAGAGGUGUUGCUUUACCAGUCUGAUAAAUAUUCCAAGACGGUUCUUACUGAGGAAUUUGCGGAGGAAAUAAAAGGUGAAUCCACCCUGGAGAAGACGUUCACGGUGAUCCCUCUGCUGUCCAACAACAAAGAGAAGCGUGGUCUGGCCGUGGACGGCAGACUAAAGGAUGAGGAUACCAACCUGGCUUCCACCACAAUCAUCCGUCCUGGCAUGGAUAAAGGAAUGCAGGGAAUCAUGGUCUCUUACAAAAUCAAGGUGAACCUCUUGGUCUCCAGCGGAGGCCUCUUGGGAGGCCUAACAGCCAGUGAUGUCGGAGUAGAAGUCCCCUUGAUAUUGAUGUCCCCCAAACCCGCAGAUGUCCCAGUGGAGUAAAUGCCUCUGUAGCGCAGUACGGAUAUCAAAUUUGAGUAGAUUCCUCAACAGAAGAUGCAGAAGGGCAACAAGGAAGAGAAACCACGACAGACAGCAGACUCAGACACACUUAAAGGCCAACUGACGCCAGAGAAACUAAACACCAAUAGGAAAACACAGAAAACACCCGAGACUAUCAUAAUAUGCAUUUUCUUUUUACUCUCUUCCCACUUAGCACACAAUGGUUGAGUUAACGUUGUUCCCACGUCAUUUCAACUAAAUGACUUUGAACCAACGUGAAAUUGAUGUUUGUGCCCAAACCUUUCUUCAACAUUAAAUCGAUUGAUAAGGGCACAUGCAUUCUACACCAAUCACACACACUGGGAUGAUGUCAUUUCCCAGAUAGACGAGGGAGCUCAGAACCCCCUUUAACGAAACACAUAAAACACAAUUCAUUACUAGCCACUAUAGGUCAACAUGUAAUUUCUAUCGUUUUAAAUGUUUGCCUUUUACAAGUGAACUCUGCAAUAAAGAAUAUAUAAUAACUUGUGCAACAAAAAUUCUAAGCUAUCUCAAAAGGAACAAACUUGUUUUAGUAGCGUUUAUGUGUUAAAUGGAUGGAUGGGCAGCGGUAUGUGGGGACAAGACUGUGCAGGAACCUGAUGGGCGCAAUCUUAAUACAACUGAAAAAUAUUAAAAGAUGUUCACCUCCUA